AUUUAUUUAGGAUUAGGAGUGGUUGGUUCAUUUGCUAUGGCCGCCGUUGAAGACAAUAACCCAAACAAAGCUCUCACCACCACUAGGUUCUCCGAACUCGAAUUCGAACUCGAACCGCUACUCUCCCAACCACUGCUCCAAGCUAUUUCAGCCGCCGGUUUUGAGUUCUGCACACCGGUUCAGGCCGCCACCAUACCCUGGCUAUGCACCCACAAAGACGUUGCGGUCGACGCCGCCACUGGCUCUGGGAAAACCCUAGCCUUCCUCCUCCCCCUAGUUGAAAUUCUCCGCCGCGCCGCCCCUCCCAAACCCCACCAGGUGGUGGGAGUAGUAAUUUCUCCAACUAGGGAGUUGGCAUUGCAGAUAUUUAAAGUUGCAGAGCCAUUUAUUGCGACAUUGUCAAAUGUUAGACCAAUGCUAUUAGUUGGAGGAGCUGAAGUGAAAGCUGAUACCACUAAAAUUGAAGAGGAAGGUGCUAAUUUGUUAAUCGGGACGCCUGGAAGGCUUAGUGAUAUAAUGGAGCAUAUGAAAAUGCUGGACUUUCGAAACCUUGAG